GAAUUUCUUAAAGCAAUAACUAUUAUUUUAUCACAUCGUGUAUUGGAUAAAAAUCUUGUUUAAGGUUCCAACAAGUCUGAUAAAUAUUUUAAUAGAUUCCGCACCAAUAAAUGAAAAAUAUGAUUUCACUAUCAUAAAUGUUUGUAAAUCGAAGUAUCACAGUGUUUUUUUUUUGAGAUAAGAAAGAAUUGGUAAUAAAGGGAUGUAUUUUUCAAUCGAUUUUAUUAUUGAUUCGAUUUGGUUGGCUUAUCACCCCUACCAUUGCUGAAUUUGAAGGUAACGGGGUGGGGGCGCGAUGAGUAACGGUAAGAAGACACUCGCAAGUCGCAGUCUUCAUCAGCCACCAAGAGACAACACUCAGAAGAUGGACUACUCAAACUAUAGAAGAAGAGAUUACAGCAAAUGUGACUAUUCCCCGAAGAUGCCACCUGGCAUGGAUUUCGAUGAGGUUUCUGAAGAAGUUAAGAAGUUUGGAAAGGUUGAAAAUAUCACAUUCUACGUCACCGAAGGACCAGGUAAUCCAUCUAAAGUAAAAGCAUUUGUCAAUGAAUUGCGUUCCCAUAAAAUCAACUUUCUUGCUCGCACUAAUCGCAGCAACUAUAACUCCGAUGCUUUUGAAGGUUCUGAUAUAAAUUUGGUUGAUGUGACUUUUACUGUGCCCUCAUUUCCACCCGAAGAGUUUUCCUUACAUGUUUUUCAUGGGUUGAUUAAAAAUAUUUUUCUUGAAAAUAAAAAAGUUGCUGUAGCAAUCCAGGGUUAUGAGGACGGUGCUUUUUUGAUAGUCUUUGCUUUGAUGGUGUUGGGAUAUGACAGAGUUGAUGCCUUAAUUAAGGUUCGUGAAUUCGAAGGAGAGGCUACUAUAUCCCAAAUCCAGUAUCUCCGCGGUCGAGAGAAGGAUCUCAAGAAGGAUCAUGAGAUUAUGCUUACCAGAAGAAAGCCCCGCGGAUUUUUUGCCAGAUGCGUAUAUCAUGUUUUAAAUGCGCAUCGUUAAUUUUGUGAUACUUAUAAUCCAUUUUAUGUUAUAAAUUUACUAUAUAAUCAUAUUUUUUUGUUUUAUUUAUUCCACUGAUAAUUUGUAUGCAUUUAGAAACCUUUCUUCUUUUAUUUAAAUUCACAUAAUAAAUACAUUAAUUAUAAAAUAUAUAAAAUUUUAAGUGAUAUUUUUUAAAUUUAACAAAAAAAGACUAUUUUGGCUGUGGAAUUUUUAAAGCUUAACAGUUGAGUUGUAUUUUUCAUGACCUUGUGUCAUUUUAUUUUAUUUUAAAGUAAUACUAAUUAUGUCAGUUUUAUUGAAUGUUAUUAAUGUAAAUUUUUAGUAACCAGAAAUUUCUAUUAAAUGUUCUUAUAACACACUUGUAAGAUACAUUUUUUUUAAUAUUCGAAAAAUUUAUUUGCCAAAUUUCACUGGUUCCACUGAAGAUGUGAACAUAUCUGAAGAAGUCUUCAGUUUAUUCCAUCUACCCUGUUGAUACCAGAUAUAAUAACAUGAAAAAAAAAGUUCUAUUCAGUAACAUUAUAACUUAAAUUCUAUUAGCAACUUUUCUCAGUUUAUCUAUUUUCAAUUUUUUUCUGUGUGUUAUUGGAUGACUUAUGUUUGGUGAUGAUUUGAUAUAAAUGAGAUCCUGUAACAGGUGCCAUGAAAUUAACCAAUGUAUUUUUAAAUUAUAUAUUAUUGUAAUGAUAUGUUAUUAUUAUGAAUUGUCAUUAUAUAAUGUAUUACUAUUAUGUAUUAGCAUUAUCAUUAUAUGGUGUUGGUAUUAAAUAUAUCUAUAUAUAUAAUUACUUAAUAUUAUUUUCAUUAUUACAUAUAUGCCCUUUCUAAAAUUUAAAUCUCAAUAAUUAUUAUUUCUAAUGUGAACAGUUUCUAAAAAAAAAAAAAAGAUCAUUAAAUGUGAAAGAUCUGUUUGAUUUAAUAAACAAAGUAAAAACCAUAACAAAAAAUUAAGAAUGAUAUCAACAACUUACAAAAACCGUAAAUUGGUUAUAAAAACAUUUGCAUGUUUUGGAGGAGAUUAGUUAUGAUUAAAUUCUGGUUGAAUUUAUGAAACAUUAUUGAAAUUUAACUCACUUAAAAUCCCUUUAUAAUGCUUUAACUAUAGUAAUUGUAUAUGUUUAAAGUAUGCCGAGACUGAAAAAUUUAAAUCUUUAUGUAUGACAAAAUUUCUAUAUUCUAACUUUUUCAAGGAACAUUCAUGUUCGAAAUACGGAGGUUAAAAUGUAUAUUAUUGGUAUUACUUGACAGUCAAUCAUCAAUCACUUCUAUCCAUUUAUAAAAAAAAGUUAGUCAGUAUAAUUUACCAUGGUUUCAUAGUAAUAAUAUAAAUGAUAAUAUCCACUAGCGAAUCCAGGAUUUAUUUUUUGGGGGGAGAGGGAGGGAUUCAG